AUGUUGGUCAGGUGGUUCCGCAGUUUCUUUGAGAGCGUGUGGCACAAGCUGUCAGCAUAGUCUGUGUGGUAUGUAGAUUUUAAUGGAUUUUUUACCUUCAGUCCUUUUGGUACGAUGUCCAUCUGUUUGCAUUUGGAAAGGAAGAUGAUGUCUGCCCUUAUCUGUACUACUUUUUUCAUGCAGUUGAUAGAUUUCCACUCCAUACGGCUAAAUGCAGUGCCUUGAAUAAUGACAGGUUUCAGAGUAACAGCCGUGUUAGUCUGUAUUCGCAAAAAGAAAAGGAAUACUUGUGGCACCUUAGAGACUAACCAAUUUAUUUGAGCAUAAGCUUUAGUGAGCUAUCGCUCACUUCAUCGGAUGCAUACUCUGGAAAGUACAGAAGAUGUUUUUAUACACACAAACCAUGUAUACCCGGAAGGUUUGCAAGUAAACAGAGCCAUUUACAGGUGAUUGAUUCUGAAGUACCCUUAAUGACUUUCACUUGACAUGUGUACAUCAGUGAUACAAGUUUAUAUCUUAUUCUCCUAACUCCAAACAUAGAAAUACAUGCAAACAAAUGCGAUGAACACACUCAGUAUAUCCUAAGCUUUGUAAUGAUACCUUACAAGAGACCUUUUGCAUAAAGCAUAUUUCAGAAACAUCAUAGUUACACUCAUGAGCAUAUUUUCAUAAACCAUUAUGGAGUGUAACGUCACGCGCACAUUCUGCUUAGGGAGAGGGUAUGGGGGUCUCUGUGGGGAACUGUGACUCUCCACUUCCGUGAGGCAGGCCGGGUGGCUCAGUAUCCUUGCUGCCUCGUCCUUCUCCCCCCACCCACAGCUUGACUGUGGACCACGGAUAACUAAUCUCUGGGAACGAUUUUCCAACCAGUUAUGUACCCACCUAAAAGUGGCUCCAUCUAGGUUGUAUUUGCCUAGUUUGUUUAUGGGAAGUCUCAGAAGCCUUAGGGCUUGUCUACACUGGCAAUUUACGGCGCUGAAACUUUCUUGCUCAGGGGUGUGAAAAAACACCCCCUGGAACACAGCAAGUUUCAGCGCUAUAAAGCGCCAGUGAAACAGUGCACCAGGUAGCUACGCCUCUCGUGGAGGUGGGUUUUUCAAAGUGCUGGGAGAACUCUCUCCCAGCGCUCUGCUGCGACGACGCAAGCCACGGUAAAGCGCCGCGAUGGCAGCACUUUAGCAUUGCCAGUGUAGACGAGCCCUUACUAAAGUCGUCACCUACGUGGGACUGACCUUCUCCCUGCUGUGCCUCCUCCUCGCCAUCCUCACCUUCCUCCUUUGCUGCUCCAUCCGCAAUGUCAGCACCUCCCUCCACCUGCAGCUCUGCCUCUGCCUCUUCCUGGCCGACCUGCUCUUCCUCACCGCGGUGACCCGCACCCGCACUCUUCUAUAUCACCCACUUUUAUUCUUGGUUUAAAAUUGAGCUGUGUCCAGAUCCUCUGUCAGCAUUUCUAAAGCUCCCCUCACUCCAGCACCUUUCUAUACCCUCAGCUGGACGGUAACAUUUAUUCCAUGCUCUUUAGUCCCGCAGAAAUAAUUAUUUACUCCCCUCCAAAAGAAAUCUCUCUGGGUGAAACCAGUCCCUCCCUUUCCCUUGUGGGCUCCAUCCUUCAUCAGCCAAAGGAACCUCGAUUUCCAGAGUCACAGUCCCCUGCCUGUCCUCUCUGCCCCCACACUGAUGGGCAGAUGCAAGGCACCCAUAUCUUGAAGCAGAUACAGAGAAGAGAACCGACACCCUCCAGGUCUCUCCCUAUUAUGAGGACCGGGAACUUGUUUAUGUCCCUGCUCCCUAUCCUAGGAUUCCUCACAGUAUCCAACAAUUUCCACGAUUCAUUUGGGAACUACAACCCCCAGAAACCAUCUUUUCUGAGUGGAGAUCAGGACCGGCCUGGUCUCUGAAUGAUUGAAAGGGCCAGCCAGCUUGCCCUUAGACAAGCCCUCGUAGACUGAAGAACGUAUUUUCUCUGGGAGAGAGCCGUAACUGGAGAGAUGUGUUAAUAAAGAGCCCUAUAUGAUCCUCACAGAAGUCCCCCCACCUCCAAAUUCAGUGUUUCCCUUCCCAGAAGCAGUGUCCCAGAGCUCUCUCUCCUCCUGUCCUCAGGUGGCGUGUGCUGUCAUUGCUGGCUUCCUACACUACCUCUUCCUGGCCGGCUUCACCUGGAUGUUCCUGGAGGGGCUGCACCUCUUCCUCACCGUCCGGAAUCUGAAGGUCGUGAAUUACACCAGCGCCAGCCGGUUCAAGAAGAGAUUUAUGUACCCGUUCGGCUACGGAUUCCCCGCCCUGGUGGUGGCUAUUUCUGCAGCGGUGAAUCCUGGAGGCUACAGAACUUCCAACCACUGCUGGCUCAGCCUGGAGAGAGGAUUUCAUUGGAGCUUCCUGGGACCAGUCUGUGUCAUAAUCCUGAUAAAUUUAACAUUUUUUAUUGUAACCCUCUGGAUCCUGAGAGACAAACUCUCCUCCCUGAAUGAAGAUGUGUCCACUCUGAAAGACACCAGACUACUGACUUUUAAAGCUAUCGCCCAGCUAUUCAUUCUGGGCUGCACAUGGAGUCUUGGUCUCUUCCAAGUCGGCUCAGCAAAAAUGAUCAUGGCGUAUUUAUUCACCAUUGUCAACAGCCUGCAGGGAGCCUUCAUCUUCCUGGUGCACUGUCUCCUCAAUCGCCAGGUGAGAGAGGAGUACAGGAGAUGGAUUAAAGGCACAAGAAAACCCAGCCCCAUAAGUCAAACGUUCAGUCCGUCUGUGUCCACUGUCGCUACCGACACCAAGGUGGUGAGUUGCGGAGAGCCUUCCACUUCAUCUCUGUGAAAUAAUCAUCUCUCCAACCAAUGAUGUUUAUCAUACAGCCGGCUUUGCUGUGCCAGUGGGGCAGUUGCCGGUUCUUCAUCCCAACUACAUACAAAACCUGGAAGGGGAAGCGGGAUUGGACAAAAUCCUCUCUCUAAUCCAAAUCCAAAACUCCUACUGAAUUCAAAGGCCACCCUAGGCUUUUAGCUGCGUGUGUCUCCCAGAUUUAAAGGGCCAGAUCCCAGGUCAGAGAGCAGUUAUUUCUUAGGGAAAGCACAACAUGUGGGGGAGUUGGGGGGUGGGAGGCGAUUUGCAGAGCCCUUGCGUGCUGUGUGUGUGAGCUAGCUCUGCUGUUUCACUGUAAUGUGUAAAUAAUAAAAUAACCUGCUUAUGGA